AGUCGGCGACGUGAUAUUGAAUGAAUCGUACGCGCGUUUUAUCAUCGAUACCGUUAUAACACGUAUUAAAGUACUAAGUACUAAACCAAGUCGAUUUGCGUUAAGUUGUGUGGCGUUAACGAAAACAAAAACACAUACAAAAAACACGAAACACCAGCCAACCGUGUGUACGUACGGUGAGCCAGCGGUGAGAAACGAUUGCAGUUUACAGUUUCAUACAAAGUUGCAGCAUUAAUUACAGCGGCAGUACAGUGCGGUGUAUUACCGAUCGACAUAUAAAUAAAGUGGGGUAGAAAAGUGAGCUGAUACUUGAAAUUCAAUAUCUGCCUCAACGGCAAACUCGAAUGCCAACACUAACUACCCAUCUGAUUAAUUGCAACAACAAAUACAAACAACAACAACCAUAGUUGUAGGAGCAUCAAUUGCAGCCGCGUCACACCAUCGCCAUCGUCAACGCCAUCAACAACAUCAACAUCAACUUGUGCUGAACAGUGCUGCAACACACUUCCGAUCCGCACCAACACCGGCUUUCUUUCCAAAGCCAAACUACUUGUUAUUGCAUAUGGGAACUUCUUGCUGCAUAAACGCCUGCUAGUAAUACACUCGUAAAAUACUUGGAAUUACACGAAAUUGCAAUUUUCACAGCAAAGGCGUCAAACUACAUACUUACAAACACAUAAGUAAAAACAAGAGUGAAAACUUUGCAAAAAUAUUAAAAACCAAUAUUCGUGUGCAAGUUUGUUGCAAAAAACGGUUAAAGUGAAAAAAAAGAUUCGAAAAUAUCAGCAAAAGGUUUUCUUGCAGCGAAAAAAGACCACAAUGAAACCAACCAAAGAAAAUUAUAAAGUCAUCAAAUAAGGAAGUGCAUGAAGAAAAUUGUAAGUGCAAACAAAUCUCUAGAUACUAUCGUGCAUGUAUGUAAGUGUGUAUAACUAACUGUUAGGGAGUCGCAGCGAUUAUAUUACACGCCGCAAAUUGCAUAACUGCAAAUCACUUUGCAGCCACAGAGAAGCGAAGAAAUAGAAACAUAAUACAAAAGCCACAGGAGCAAAAGAAAAGUGUUAGAGAUCACAUUUGCGGGCAGAAGAACAAAGUAGUCGCAGAAAAAUAACUAGGCAAGCCGAUAGUUGUGAGAAGCGCAGCGGUAACGCGGAAGAAUAAAUUUGCCGAGGAAAAGGCGUCACAAAAACCAACUGACUGUACAUAGGCCGCAAGAAGGUGUAUACGUUUGCAGGGGCAAGAAAAAGAAGACGUAGCAAAGGAAGUAAUCACUUGCCCGGUAAACAACAGCAAUUUAAGACAGUCAGACUUUAUGCACGCACACUCGAAGUAGAGAAGAUCGAAGGCGAAAAACGAAAGAACCAGCUUCGAAAAACAACCAGAAAACGAAAAUAGGAAUAAUGGCAACGAAAACUGUUAUAAAUACAAAUGCACCUUCAGCGCGUGGCAUCUCUAUUGUAAUUGACCAAGAUCAAGCAACACAACAGCACCACCAACAACUUAUUGUCAAUUGCCAGCAAGAAACGUUAAGGUCGUCACAGAAAGCUGAAAAUGGCAAGAUCACCAUCUAUCAAAAUACAGUCACAACAAGAACACAAAUGGCACCAACACCGUCAACGGCAAUAACUAGAACAGUGGUCACUAAGUUGCAACCACAACCAAGUAAAUUGGUGGCGUCAACAAAGACAGCAACAACACGAAUUGGUGUUAACCAUGGUCAUAAUUAUCCAUAUAACGAACGUAACAAUGAUGAUGUUGCCGGUAGUAAUGAAGAUCCAAAUGAUGAGCGCGCAUUUCGUCGUUCAUUUACCAUUCAAAGUGGUGAGUUUGGAAAUGAUCAAAAAACUAGUUACACCACAAGUAAGCACACAAUUGUUACCUCUACCGCAGUUCCAACUUUUCCACACUUACUGUUGAAAGUGGCUAAUGAAAGAGGAAAAUCUAGUAAUGAACAAAGCAGCAGCGCCGGCAACUCCGAAGAAAUGGUCGAAACGAAUGGAAACGAAGAUAAUUUAGUUAGAGCUGGAAUUUCUGUUGGAAAACUGCAAGUAAAUAGAAAUGUGGCCGUUGCCGCUAACGCUGCUGAGGCCACAGGUGUUGCGAGCGUAAAUAGUCAAAAUGGACAGAGCACAGACAUAAGCACAUCGGCUACAACCAAUACAAAGACAACAAUAAAACCGACUGUAAAUGGUCAAACUAACCAACAUGGCAUGAUGAUCAUACAGUGCAAUGUUGAUGAUGAACAUCAUCAUGACAACAACGAAGAACGUGAUGAGGCUGCACAUGAUCGCCAUACUAAUAAUUAUGAUCAUCAUGAUCAUGUUGGAUCACUUGUUGUUGCAGCGACUGCGAGUGCGCCGUCUAAUAUAAAUCACAACGAAAGUUGUGUGACUAGUGUUGUUGAAAAUGGUCAAAACGCGUUUGAACGUAUUUGUACGAAUGGCCUAAGCGGUAGCGAACGUGAUCGCCAUGAAGCUGGUAAUAGUCUCUGCAAUACAGAUGUCCAACAGCAGCUGGAAAGCACAGACGUGAACGCGAAUGCGAAUGCGAUUGUCGCGAACAGUCCAACCACGGCAACGGCUAAGGCUACGAAAGCAGAUUGUGCAAGUGCACUGACCGUAACAGACGCUGUACGCAGACGCAGUGACGAUCAGACAAAUGCGAAUUCAACGCAAACGCUAACACAAAAUCAAAUAGAAGCAACUCAAUCCCAAUUGCAUGUGUUGAAGAUACAGAUUAAGCCAGAAGAAGUGAAUGAACAAAACGAGAAACAAGUGACAGUGGUGACCCUUAAAGAGGCACAAGUGCAAGAAAAACAAAAACAACAACCAAAAACAAGCCAAACUAAAGAACUGAAUCGUAUAGCUCCAGUGCAUAUAACCGAAAUACUUGAAGAGCAGAGUGCGCGUCCACAACCAACGGGUGAAAGUGCGUACGAUCUACAUUUGAACAGCGAGAAAAUGGUGCAGAAGCCAACUACAGCAAUCUCAGUAACGGCAACGCCAAUGACGGGCGCAUUGGCGUCGUCGACAAUUCUUAAUUCGGGCGCGGUAACCGUGUCGGGCGGGAAUGCAAACACAAACUUGAAUUCGAACACAGGCGCAAUCAUCAACGGCAAUGCAAACAGUAACGGCACAAACAACGGGCACGCGAACAACACGAUUACAUCGGGCAAUACAACCGUCACCGAACUAAAUGUGUCAAAUCCUUCGUAUUUAUACUACGUUAUGUCCAGUGGCCAGUUUUCACCUUGUGACACACUAGACAGCGGCACUGGCAGCGAUUUGGAGAGUAAUGGCAAUAUCACACCAGGUACACCAUCACCACAAAGCAAGCUCCAGUGUACACUUGAUAAACUUAAAGCAGCUACUCAAUCCUCUUCACAGAACAGUACAAAUGGUAGUAGUGCACCAAAAUUGGAAUUACAUAUGAAGGCCACUAAAAUACGUCUAAAUGGCAGCGCUAAGAAAUCAGCGUUGGGCUCCUCAAGCUCCGCCACAAAGACACAUACAAAUGGCGACCAUGCACGCGCUGGCAGCUUCACUGAUAGUGAGGAAAGCGAAUCGUCCUCACUCAGCUGUGAUUCACUUCAUUCCACCGAAUUUAUACGCCAGUCAUCAGUUUCGCCGACAACUCCGAAAACAUGCGGCAAUACUGCGUCAGCGGCGCACGUCAAAAUGUUGGGCGCCUUCUUGCCAGAUUCUUUGUUGCGCGAUAUACGCGAUCGCAAAUUUCCCACAAACGAUUUCGAGGCGAAAUAUGGCGAUGGUGGUAGUGUUGGCAGCGCUGAUGGUGGCAGUGAAGGGGAUGGUGAUGGUGAUGUCACUACAACUCCUUUGCCCGAUGUCAUCAACGAACAGGAUUACAUUCGUGUUGAUCAUGCCAAAUUCUUACAGGAACACAACAGCAACAACAUUGCCGUUAACAACAGUCACAACAAUAAACGAUUGUCGCUGCCAAAUAAAACGUUCGUAUUAAACGCGGAUAACGGUACAUUUGUCGAUGUGAAAAUGAAUUCGAUGCCGCGCAAAUACGAAGCAGAUAAAUAUUACAAUUUCCAUGUGAAGGAGCAUGAAAAUUUUCGUAGUUUCGAUAUUGGUGCUGCAGCCAAUCUUGGCGGUGGUGAUCUGGAAAGUUUUUCCGAAUAUGAAACGAAAAGUUUACACGACGACGCCUUCGCAGGCUAUAAGGAUAUACGUUGUGGCUCGGCCACAUCAACUAUACGUUCGUCGAAGGGAACGGUGCGCGGAGUCAAGAAUCGUGUGCGCAAUGGAAUAGCCACAUUCUUACAAAUGCAGCAGCCAAAUGUCAAGAACUUCAAGGAAAAGGAUGCGGGAAAGGUGGUCCUCUACACAACGAGUAUGGGCAUCAUACGAGACACAUAUGCCAAAUGUGCAAAUGUCAAACAGAUACUGCGUACGUUACUAGUGAAAUUCGAAGAACGAGAUGUUUUCAUGAGCAUCGAGUACCAGCAAGAGAUAAAGGAGCGAAUGCACUCGGAAACGAUAAAAGUACCUCAACUCUUCGUGGAAGGCCAACACAUUGGUGAUGCUGACACCGUGGAACGACUCAACGAAUCCGGUGAACUGCGCCAGUUGCUCAAACCAUACAAGUCAAUUGCCACCACGUUCACUUGUCAAACAUGCGGCGGCUACCGCCUACUGCCAUGUCCCUCGUGCAAUGGCUCAAAGAAAUCGGUGCAUCGAAAUCACUUUACAGCUGAAUUUGUGGCACUGAAAUGCAUGAAUUGUGAUGAAGUGGGACUGGUUAAAUGUCACAAUUGUUAAGCAGCGAGUCUAACGAGGAGGAGGAGGAGUAAAUGAAGCCUGCAGCCACAUGCAUACAUAGUUUAGCGAUUAAUUAACAGGCGGCAGCAAUGAAGCUUAAUGGACAGCUAACAGGCAAUUGACGAUUGUCAUAUGGCGGAGAGAAGUACUAAAUACGAUGGCGCGCCACGUGCAUAUAUAGGUAGAAUUAAUUACUAACUACUUCUAACUAAGUUAAGCAACGAAAUAGUCACUCAAUAUUUUUUAUGCUUUCUUUAUUUUUCUUUAAACACUAAGUUUUUUGUUUUGUUUUGCUAUUGCGUUGCUUAUAAGUAGGAUUACGCUUCUUCUUUUUUAUUAUUGUUUUUAUUUUAAAUAUAUCAGUAGUGCAAUAGCGCAAUUUAUUGUUAAGAAAUACAUAUUUACAUACAUAUUUUUAUAAAAGACACAACCAUGAACUAAUUAUUGGAUAGCAAUUCAAACAAAAAUAUUUAACGAACGAUUGCUUUGCUGACCUUAGCGAUAUUUAUUGUUUUUUUUUUUAAUUGUUUAAUUAACUCUAUCUAUUUACAUAUGUAAAUUUAUAUUGUACAAUAUAAUUAAAAGUACGUGUAUACAAAAGUCUUCGAUUUGAUUGACGGUCAAUAGGGUAUUCGAAUUUAUUGUAUAUCGUCGAUUGUUUAAACUGCAAAUAUGACGGUUGUGAUAAUUUAACACAGAUAUUAGCAAACAACUAAAAACUAAUAAAAGGCAGAUAAGAAGAAUAAAGUAUUGGUUAAAAAAUGUUAAUUUUAACUUUAUAGAAAUCCACAAUAAUAUAAUCUACACGUAUGCAAAUAUGAAAACCCAAACAUCAUUUCAUUAGACCAGUUCACGCUUGCUUGUGUAUGAGAUUAGUCCAAAUUAAAAUAAGAAAUACCUGUUCUUUGAAAUGCUAAAACUGUAAACAACAUUAUUUUAAGAAUUUUACAAAUUUUUCAUCUUUCACAU